AUUUGGCUUUCGAAUGGUUUUUAAAAUCCACUCAACGUAAAUGUGAGCAUAGCUUUUUCGUUUGGAUGGAAUACGAUAAUUUUAGAAAUAUUGAAGAAGUAGGUAAAGGUGAAUUUUCCAUAGUGUAUAAAACAUCAUAUAAAAACCGAUAUCAAAC